AUGACACAGCCAAGUACUUCUACACGCACACCAGCACCAACAGCUGCACCAUUAGGUGUUGCUUUGGCAAGCUACGUCAAUAUGUUCGCCGUUGGAACCGCCUACGCUCUUAGUAUCCUCCAGUCUGAUCUUCCGAGACUGAUGAACACUUCACACAAUUGGUCCUUUGCUCCCUUCGGAGCCGCCAGCGCUGGUCUUACAGUGGGAGUUGUGACGGCCUCCACCUUGAUAGCCGAGAGCGGUGGCCGUUCGACUGCUGCUCGAGGUACGGCACUCUGGGGCCUUGCCGUGCUCUCGACGGGUCAUUUUUUGGCUUCUCUGAACUUUCCAGCCGUUCUCGCCUCACUCGUCUUUGGUGGAAUCGGCGUCGGUUGGACAUACCUUGCCAUUAUUCUCAUGGUCAGCCAAGCGUUCCCCAACAGUCCACUAGCAAGGAGCGCCAUAGGGCCACUAGGAUUUUCUUCGGGAGCAGCCGCAAGCUUCACAAUAUCCGCCUAUUACCAGUCAAGCACACGGAGUUCAGACGAAAUUGGUAGUUUCUUGAAGUUGGCAGGAGUUGCGUUCAUCAGUGUCGGUGUCGCGACCAUCAUUCUGCUGCCCAGCGAUGCCUCUAAAUCCGAGCCAGGACCAUCUACUGGCCAUGAUCAAAAAGUUUCCCGAGGCUCGAGGAGGGGUAUGCUCUGGGCUCUGCUCUUCUUCAACGCUCUGCCCGGAAUGGUGGCAUUCUCUGCGCUCUUGCCAGGGGCUUCAUACUAUGAUCCGACGGCGGUCAACACCUCUUCUCCGAACGGUUUGCCGCUGAUCAUGCUCGCGCUUGCUGCCGGCGGGCUCCUUGCAAGCCCUCUCAGCUCAUUUCUUGGGAUCCCCCGCGCCUUUAACGUCCUGUUCUGCGCCCGGGGACUCUUGCUAGUUGCCUUUUCACAAUGGCCUAACCAGGGUUUGGCGAUAGGCACACUUGCGACUAUCCUGUUCGGCCACGGCGUCGGCUUCAGCAUCCUCCCAGGCCUGGUUAAGGCGGAACUGGCUCGCCCGGAACUGUUCCCUCUUGAGUAUGGCCAAAUUCUCACAGCGUGGGGCGCAUCAGGAGUUGUCGCCAGCAUCGGCAACGCGGCCUUGAGUUCGUUGCCGGGUGAUCUUGCGAGGCCUAGUCUGGUGUUGGGUCUGCUGAUCCAUCUUGUGGCUAUCGUUGGAAAUCUAGCUUCUCCUUUCCGUGAUUAA